AUUACCGGCCGCGGCGGUUGCGCCAAAUACUGCGGUACAGCUCCUUCACCCGGCAACAUUUCAUUCUCCAGCUUUCGACAGUCCUUCACUACCAAUGUUAACUACCUGAAACGGAGUUUGUCUUCCAGGUUCUCGUCAGGAGAUUUGAGCUCGGAGCUCGACGAUGAACCAAGCACAGACUCCGGGCUGGCCUCCAUGGCCAGGGAUUCGUCCCAAUCGUAUCAAGCGGUACCGGAGAGGCCGUUGCAGUCUCAGCCAACGCCAGUUCCACCGGCCAGCCAGCCACCGGUACCUGGAGCACCACCGCCAGGACCACCCCAACCAGUCGGCGGCGAUCUCAGCCUGAACCUGAGACCCGGAUCGAGGACCACCAGCGCUCCAUCCUCGCCGGCCAAGACCCGCGAGAGCUUGCUGCAGAGGGUUCAGAGCUUGACCGGAGCUGCUCGAGACCAGGGUGCAUCUAUCCUGGGAGCAGCGGUGUCGAGCGCGACCAGAGGGCCGUCUUACAACAAAGAUCGAUGCUUCACCCUGCUGGUUAUCGACGACCAGAACACCGACUGGAGCAAGUACUUCCGGGGUCGCAGGCUGCACGGUGACUACGAGAUUCGCGUGGAGCAGGCGGAAUUUCGGGAAUUGUCCCUGACGGCCAGCGAGGCUGGUACCAUCGUGUCCAUGGCCGUUUAUCGUAACGGGACCAAAGUCAUCCGAUCCUUCAAGCCUGAUUUCGUCCUGGUACGACAGAACCUGAGGGACGCGGGAGAAGACUACAAGAACCUUCUUCUCGGAUUCAUGUACGGCGGUAUCCCGAGCGUCAACAAUCUCACCGCGAUCUACAACUUUCAGGACAAACCGUGGGUGUUCGCGCACCUCCUGGGACUUCAGCGUCGCCUUGGGAAGGACAAUUUCCCUCUGAUAGAUCAAACUUACUACCCCAAUCAUCGCGAAAUGGUGAGUGCAUCUCGUUAUCCGGUCGUGGUGAAACUUGGACACGCCCACGGCGGAGUGGGAAAGGCCCGUGCCGAGACGCAUCAAGAGUUUCUAGAUCUCGCCGCUUUGGCCGCUCUGUCCAACACUUACUGCACGGAUGAGCCCUACAUCGACACCAAAUACGACGUACACGUGCAGAAAAUAGGCAAUAACUACAAGGCUUUCAUGCGGAAGAGCAUAAGCGGAAACUGGAAGUCUAACACCGGUUCGGCGAUGUUGGAGCAAUUAGCCGUGAGCGAAAGACAUCGCGCCUGGGUCGAUCAAGUGUCCCAAUUGUUCGGUGGAUUGGAUAUCUGUGCGAUCGAGCUAUUGGUCGGAAAGGAUGGUCGAGAAUACAUAAUCGAGGUGAACGAUAGCGCGUUGUCGCUGAUGGGAGACUCGCAGGAAGAAGAUCGUCGUCACAUCGCGGACUUUGUCACCGCCAAGAUGCAGGCAUGCUGCCGAAUUCCGAGCGUACUGACGAAAACGACAUCCAGAGGGUCGAUGUCUGGCUCGAGUCAAGCAACGAGUCCCGUGGAAGAUCGCAGUGUGCCACCGGCUGCUCCGUUAGGAUCGCACGGAAGCAUGGGGUCCAUGGCUAGCAUAGGUAGCUUAGGUUCCGUGGGCUCCAUGACGGCAAUGGCGGGCGACGUGACUAGUUCUGACAGCCAUCAUCAAUUGCAACGACGCGAUUCCCAAGCGUCGCAAUCGAGUACAGUGAGCAGUGCUCCGUCGGUUGGUCGACGCCCAGAAGAGACUCCACCAUCUAGAGUACCCUUUCAUAGACAAGGCAGUCAAUCCCAGAGCGAGGACACCGAAGAUACUAUGAAGAAUCUUCGGAAAACGUUUGCAGGAAUAUUUGGUGACAUGUAAAUUUUUUCGAACGGAAAGUACUGAAGCAAAGGAGAUCGUUUUAGGAUUGUCAUUCGAUUUGAGUUUGCGAGAAAAAGAUGGUUAAGGUGACGUUGAGUUAGAUUAAAAUUCUUGAAGAGCGAUUGAAUUUCGUCUGAGUUGCUUCUAUAUCGUUGACGAGGUAGAUGAAUGAUUUUACGAUUAUGGGAUUCCGUCGAAAGUGUUUGGCAGGUUACGCACGACUUACUUUGUGCGAGUUGGUAAUUAGGAUUGAGUCGAAAAGGAAGCCGAAUGGCGAUGUAUUUGCAGAUCAUCAAGCUCAUCUAAACGACGCUGGUGUCCCACACUGGGCGCCAUAUAACAAUGUAAAUUUUGCUAACGGUCCACGGCGAUGUGUAUAAAUGUAAACAUAAUUCGUUAACGUUCUUUUCGAGAUAAUUCACUUUUCGAUUGCCAUGUUUGCCAUGAUUGAUUUCGAUUCAUUUCUACGAAUAAUUCAUCGAUACUUAUCCUUCUAGAAUUCCUGCUAAUCGCGUUGCUGUUACUCCGUACUUAGUUGUUAAUCGAUACCGCGUGUCCAACGCAUCGGUUGUAGUUCAGAUAUUAACUACGUAUUUUCGAUAAGGGGUGGGUGAACGAAAAUUAAUAAGGGGUUUAAAAGAGUCGUGGUCGUUUAUGUAUAUUAAAAAAAAGAAAAAAAAAAAUCGUAAUGUAGAUUCUAUGUAUUCGAUGUAUUCAGCAUUUACAUAGUGGCUAGGGAAAAUUCUCUCAGGUUGUAUCGUAAAUGAAUACUUUUCCAAGUGUCCGGUUAUGUUUCGUUACCAUCGACGUAUCCGUUCUGCAUACUCGUCUCUCGUUUACGGGAACGCCGCCACUUGGUUUUUCGAUUCCAACAGGCAACAGUACCAUAGAUCCCUGUCAUCUCCUCAUCCGACUUUACUUCUGGCGUCCACUUUUUAGGCUUAACUUUCGAUUAUAGCAUUGUCUAAAGGCGUGGGAAUGGAAAAGGGAAGGAAGGGUUGAAGGAACGCAAGUUGGAGGGGGGAAGGAAGAAGGAUGGGUUAUAAAUUUGAAUGGGUGAUGGAAGUCCUGCAGUAAAAUACAUAUUUGUAAAAUUAUUAAAAAAUAUUUGUAAACCGACGUCAUUCAAAAUGAUUGAGGAUAACAAAAAAAGAGGAGACUCGGGCAUUAUACUGAACAUUUGGCUAGAGAAGACUCCGGAUCGAUCGCCGGCGUCGUCACGCCGGCACGAAGAUCCAGAUCUCCGGAGUCUGUAUCUUAAGCGCACAAAUAGUCAUUAAGAUAUUUGAAACCGGGCAGUACUUUGACAUCGUGCAUGCGAACAACGCAAACGUUUGGUCGGUUAUACGGGACUUAUGGCGAGUGAAAAAUUUAUUCUGCGACGUCGCCGGUUCGUUCUUGAACUCGAUACAUUUUCGGCCUGCAAAAAGUCUAUUUCCACGACCGGCGACCUUUCCAUUUGGAUCGUUCAAAAUUCAACGUCUCGAAUAGUAGUGAGCAUCUCGAUGUUGAAAACUGUCCUGCAUUCCGAUAACGAACCGU